GGGUGUCGACUUAAUAGAAAGAAGAAAGCGUGAGCAAGAAAAGAACCAUUUUUCUUCAAUUAAUUAAUUACCUACUACAGGAUGUGAUAAGGUCGCGAAGGAAACGACAUCGCACUACUUAAUCUUUCUUCUGUAAUUUGCUAUAAAACCAAAAUAACGACGAGCUUUUAAUCAUCCCUCCCUUUGGCUACUGCUUUCCUAAUCACCGUUGAAUCUUCAAAGUUGAAAGCUCCAAAUUCAACUGUCCCCAGGCAGUGUGUGUAUAUAUAUAUAUAUAUAUAUAUAUAUAUAAAGAGCCCUUCAUAUGCUUCCUCCUUUUACUAUGUGCAAGACAAAGAUGGCAACCAACGCGGCCAGUCCCACUCGCUCCCAACAACAAGCCACCCAAAGCCCAAGAACACCCUCGUCGAGGCCCAGUCCCAGGCCCAUCUCUUUCUCCGACAACCCCUCCACCUCCUACAGCAGCAACAGCGCACCCUACAGCGGCUCCACCGGCUAUCGCCUCUCCUCCGACACCACCAUCUCAAGCUUCUCCUCCCUCACCUCCCUCCGUGACACUCUCCCCGAAAACCCUCACAUCUAUGACUUCUCCGAAAUCUGUGCCGCCACCAACAACUUCCUCGCCAAACGCCACUCCUCCUCCACCCCUUGCUGGCGCUGCACCCUCCGCGGCGCCGAUGUCAUUGUCUUCCAGCGCAAGUUCCGCCGCAAGCUCCAAACUCCACAGCUCCAGCAACUCCUCUCCGUCGUCUGCCGCAGCCACCACGUCAGCAUCAUCAAGCUCCUCGGCGCCUCCGUCUCCGGCGACCACAUCUACCUCGUCUACGACUUCGUCAACAACGGCGCCACCCUCUCCGACUGCCUCCGCAACAAAAACAACGUGCACUUCACCGUCCUCUCCACGUGGAUGUCGCGAAUGCAGGUCGCCACAGAUCUCGCUCACGGCCUCGAUUACAUUCACAACAAGACCGGUUUGAACAUCAAUUUCGUCCAUAACCAUAUCAAGAGCAGCAGCAUCAUCGUCACCGAGCCUUCCUUCAACGCUAGGGUUUGCCACUUCGGCGCCGCGCAGCUCUGCGGCGAAAUCGAACUCGAUAACCAGAAAUUAGGCGAAAUUAGUGAAAUCGAGGAGAAAUUAACAUCGUCGCCGGCGAGAUCCAAGCAGUUCGAGGGAGUGCGGGGGUACAUGGCGCCGGAAUUUCAAGCCUCCGGCGUGGCGACUCAGAAGUCUGAUAUAUACGCUUUUGGAGUGGUGAUGUUGGAGCUUUUGUCCGGGGAGGAGCCGUUGAAGUUCAAGUUCGACGAGAAGACGCGCACAUUCGUGAGGACGUCGGUGAUUGAUGCGGCGAGGGCCGCCGUGGUCGACGGCGAAGGUAGCGUGGAGGGGAAGCUGAGGAGGUGGGUGGAUCGGAGAUUGAAAGAUUCUUUUCCUGUUGAUGUAGCUGAAAAAUGGACACGUGUCGCGCUGGAGUGUGUACACGUGGAUCCAGAUAAGAGACCGAACAUGGGACGCGUCGCUGGCAAGAUCUCCAAGUUUUAUUUGACGUCGAGGAUCUGGUCAGAUAGUAUUAAGAUGCCUGAUAUGACUGUUUCGUUGGGACCUCGAUGAUGAGUUCUUACUUCUUAAUGUUGGCGGCUUCAUUUUUUAAUACAAGUUCAAUUAAAGUGAGAGGUACUUUAUUGAACAAUAUAUGCGUAGGGAAUUAACAAUUUUUUUUUGGUUUCUCACAUGGUGAUUAGGUCUUGGAUUGAAUUGGUUUUGAUGGUUCGAUUGUGACGCGAGUUGUGGAAUAUGUAUAUUUUUUUUUUUAUAAACAGUGUCUCUUUCGGAAAGAUGAGCUGAAUUUUAUACUUGAAAUUUGUAGGAUGAUCUUUUAGUACAACGUAUGUUAGUAUAAAAUAAAGCAUGCGUUUUAUUACUUGCGACAAA